AUGUGUCUUGGAGGCGGAUCAGAAGACGGGCUGGAAUCCAGACAGGCUAGUCCGGGAGUCGUCCGGCGAGCGAGAAGGAGAAGGUGCCCGAUUGAAUUCGGCAUUCUGCGCAGGACGAUAUUCCGGAACUGGAAUCAGCAGAGGCAGCAGCAGCUGGUGAAGCUGCAGAAUAUGCAACGGAAUCGGAAGCAGGAUGAACAGCAGCAGCAGGGGCGGCAGCAGCAGCAGCAGCAGCAGCAGCAGGAGGAGGAGGAGGAGGAGGAGGAGGAGGAGGAGGAGAAGGGCGCACCAUCGUCGGUGCGAUACUCUCCUCUCGUCCCCGGAACGCCCCCGAUAAGACGAAGCGAUGAUGGCACCCAGUACCCGCCCGUCAAGACAACGCCGGCGGCGAAACCGGUCAAGCACGUCACCUGGGCUCCUCUGCCGCCGCCCCAUCGGGCGGCGUCCCGACUGCCCUCGGCCUAUCAGCGGUCGACCCGUACUGCCCGGCCCCGAUCGGUGGUGUCCAGGGACUCGGACGACGAGGAGUGGGAUGAGGACGACGAGGUGUGGGACUCGGACGAUUCGGACUCGGACGACUCGGACUCGGACGACUCGGACUCGGAAGUAGAGCGGGACCCUGAAUUGCCCGACGGCUCACUCUUCCCGCCUCCGCCCCCGUAUUCCACCCUAUUCGACUGCUCGGGCCUGGCUCAGACUAUGGAGAAGCGAGCUCGGGCGGGCCAGAAGUGGUGCAACCAGUACCCUCUCAGCGCGCCGGCCUUCAUGGACGAGGCCCAAGUGGCGGCCAUGGAGGGCCGCACCAUGGGCCUCAUGCAGCCUAUCAGUGUCGAUUGCACGCUGGAUUGGCUGAAUAACGGGCACUGGAAGUUGUUGACUCACCGGGGCAGCUCCGACUGCUGCAUCAUGUGCUACCCGCCCCUCUACGUCGUCGGCGCCCACGACCCGACCCGCCACCAGCGGCCAAAGGUGAUAUAUUACGAGGUCAAGUUGCUGAGGUCGAGCCACGCAUUGUCCGUCGCCUUGGGCUUCACCGCCCUUCCGUACCCGACCUUCCGCAUGCCGGGCUUGCACCGAGGCAGCCUUGCCGUCCGCGGCGACAGCGGCCGCAAGUACGUCAACGACUGCUCGGGCGGCAAGCCCUUCACCACACGGUUUCGCCGCGGCGACACCUACGGCAUCGGCAUGGAGCUGAUCCCCGAAAAGGAUUCCCCUCCUCGCGUCAAAAUCUUCUUUACCAGAAACGGCAACUACGUCGCAGGCUGGAACCUGCACGAGGAGACCGACGCCGAGUGUGACUUGCCCGUCACCGGCCUCGAGGGAUACCACGACUUGUGCUGCGCUGUCGGCACCUCCGGCAGCGUCAGCGUCGACAUCAUCCUAGAACCGUCCAAGUGGUUGUAUGCGAGUUGCAGGGAAGCGAGCAAGCGCCCCUACGGCCCCAACUGA